AUGGAGAGUUACCAAGGUGCGCGGUUCACGCCACGGCCCGAGACCGCAAUCUACCACACUCUCCAUUUAUUAGCUGAUGCAACAUUGUCCGGUGCGGCGAUUAUUUGUAGCCUUACAGUGCUGUACUUGGCCAUAUUUCGCACCAACAACAAGGCCGUCAAAGUUUAUGCGCUCAUGUUGAUUGUAAAUGCAAGCGUUGACUUAAUGUACAGUGUUGUUAACUUAAUCGGAUUGCCGGUAAGCUCACCUUGCCCGUUGAUCACAAAUUUGCAGUUCUUUUUUAUCUACGACAGGUUGUUCAUAGUGGUGGCUGGGAACCCCCUCUUGAAGGAUCAACAAUGGGCAGCUGUCAUUGUCACAAGCCUUCAGGGCUUCCUGACCUACCUCUCUGUGACCAUAUUGCCGGUUCAAUACAUUUAUCGCUACAGUGUGAUACGAAACAGGCCCUUAACGACAUUCCAACUAAUUAUGAUUCUACUUGUCGCAAUGUUGUAUCCACUUGCCCACGGAGCUCUCUGCUCGUUGACGUUUAGUCCUCCAACCCCCGAAUAUGAUGUUGUCCUAAAAUUGGACCCCGUUGUUACCUCACUGGGUUACCUACCGCCUUACUAUGUGGGCGACAUCACAUCGUCCUUUGCUAUGACUUUGCAUAUGGCUAACUGCUUGAUCAUCACUGCCAUAAGCUACACACUCGUCACCGUAGUGUUCUUGAAGACAAAGAAAGAAUUUAUUAAAAUGGAGUCACAAAUGUCUAGUCAAACCAAAAAAGUUCAACGACAGAUGGAGCGCGUCAUUUUCAUUCAGGUCAGUCAUUUCCAUCGUCAUAGCUUCAACCGAAAAUUUCAUAAAUUCAAUGGUUUCUUCAGGCGCUGUUUCCGAUCCUCGUUCUCUUCAUCCCCGGCACAUACUUGCCAGUCGCUGCGAUUUUCAGGUUGAACAGCACCUUAAGCGGAGAAUUUCUCGCUCUAAUCCACACCACCCCACUGAUCAACUCGCUUUGCGUCAUUCUUUGUGUCCCAUCUUUUCGUCGAAUGGUCAAGCAAGCAUUUACCAGCCGUGUUAGCUCUACAACAGUUGUUUCUACCAGCGGCAAAGUCUCCCAAACCGAGGCCGUGGAGAUUGCCUGA